AUGGAUGACGAAGACUUUAUCAUGGGAGAUGAAUCUGUAUUGGCGACUACAGAAGUGAAUGGCAACCACUUGGCAAACACAGUUGAUCCAUCGAAACUUGCGCUGCGCGACAAUCUUGAGCCGCGCUUCUCACCCAUUAAAGAUGAAUUGCCAAUCCUGAGCCACGGCGAAUUAACUCAUGCAUAUACACAUCCAAUUCCCACCGACUCGUCUGAUACUGGGUCACUGUUUAACGGACCUCCUGUAGCCAGUCGAAGUAGGGAUACCUCGCCAGAUAUGGAGACUGAUGAGAUGGAUGUGACAUCCACUACGUCGUCCUACGUACAGGUUCGCGUACCUCCUCCCCCGACAUUUCCUCCAUUGUCGUAUUCCUCUUCCAAGACUGGACUGGUGUAUGAUUCGCGCAUGAGGUUUCAUGCUGAGCCAGUAGCACUGAUGCUGAAUCAAAAUGACAUCCAUCCGGAGGAUCCUCGCCGUAUUCACGAGAUUUUUGAGGAGAUCCGCGAGGCCGGCCUUGUCCAAGGUCCUGAGGACGACGAAGAGUCGUCGCAACAUGAGCAAUGCUGGAGAAUUCACACACGACCUGCUACUAGGGGCGAGAUUUGCCUCAUACAUACUCCGGAACACUAUAAGUUUUUAGGAGAGCUUUCGAGUGGAAUGGACUCCAUCUACUUUAAUAACAGCACAUUUGACUCCGCAAGGCUUGCAGCUGGUGGUGCCAUCGAAGCAUGCAGGGCCGUGGUUCGUGGAGAUGUAAGGAACUCCAUCGCAAUCAUCCGUCCACCAGGACAUCAUGCGGAGUGCGACCAACCAUCAGGCUUUUGCAUAUUCAACAACGUCCCCAUCGCCGCGAGAGUAUGCCAGGAGAACUUUCCGAAUGAGUGCCGGAAGGUGCUAAUUCUGGAUUGGGAUGUGCAUCAUGGAAACGGAGUUCAGCAUGCCUUCUAUAACGACCCAAAUGUUUUGUACAUCUCCUUGCACGUCUUUAAAGGUGGAAAAUUCUAUCCUGGUAUGCCGGACGCUGAUUAUAACUACUGCGGUGACGGCCCGGGAAUAGGGAAGAACGUCAAUAUUCCGUGGGAUGAGCAUGGAAUGGGAGAUGCGGAAUAUAUUUAUGCUUUCCAGGAAGUGGUCGUUCCCAUUGCCAGCGAGUUCGAUCCUGAUCUUGUCAUCAUCUCUGCCGGAUUUGACGCCGCCGAAGGAGAUCUUCUAGGAGGUUGUCAUGUCACGCCAGCCUGCUAUGCGCACAUGACCCAUAUGUUAAUGCGUCUAGCCCAAGGCAAGAUUGCUGUCUGUUUGGAAGGAGGGUACAAUCUUCGGUCUAUUGCACGAUCGGCAUUGGCAGUCACACGAACCUUGAUGUUACAACCGCCUGAUCGACUUGCUGAAGACCUUGGUCCUCCCAAAGAGAGCUGUGUCCAUACCAUUGAGCAAGUUAAGCGCGAGCAGUCGAAGUACUGGAAAUGCAUGUUCCCCAAACAUCUGGAGAAGAACACUCCGACUUCCGAUGCUACGCGACGAUUGCACGAAAUCAUUCGGGAGUGGCAGUGUCGAACAUUGGCAGAAGAGCAUUCGAUGCAUCCUCUGACCAUCAAGCGAUCUGGGAUCUCGGAGACAUUUCAGUAUAAUGUCAUUGCAACCCCACAUUUCAUGGAAGCUCGCCCGCUUCUGGUCAUCUUCCAUGAUCCUCCCGGAGUCAUGAAUAUGGUCGAUCCGAUGACGGGAAAGACUGAGUUACAUAAUACAUGGCUGACUGAUGUCUCUAAGCGGUAUAUCGAUUGGGCUAUCGCAGAAGGGUUUGAAGUCAUCGAUGUGAAUAUCCCUAAAAUAGUUGACAUGGAAGAUGAUGACGGUGGCCUCGUUGAAGCCGACAGUCCCGAGAUGCGAGGGCAGCAAACAAAAGAACUUGCGACUUAUCUGUGGGAGAACUACAUCGAACCCCACGAUGCUACGCAAGUAUUUCUCCUAGGCAUUGGCGCUGCAUAUCUCGGACUCGUGGAUAUGCUCAGUAUCCAUGAAAACUCCACGGAUCCCGAUACCGGAAUCCAAUACAUUAUGGGCUUCGUCGCGCAAACACCAAUACACUCAAUUAAACGAUCAACGGACGACAACAUCGGCAACUGGUUCUAUGCGCACUCGUCGGUAUUCGUGGCGAAUAAUCACCACGUCUGGGACCCCAAUCGAACGCGGAAGAUACGGCGAAAGUACGGCAAGCUCAAGAAGUCGGACCACAGCGACCUGAACGAGAUGCUUGCCGAGCACAUGGAGGAAGUGCAAGCGAUCCUACUCGAGAAGAAGACAGCAUACGAACUCGAGAUGAAAGAACUCAGCAUGGCCGCCGAAGAGGAAGAACAUAAACUUGAACAGCAAGACCAACCGCUGCGGAGCCCGCCUCUACCUAGUGAGUUCGCCAGCCCCCGGGUCAGCGACAUCGAUGUUCGCCCGUCGUCCAACGGGGGAGCAGCAGCAGGAGGCAGAGCAACGCCUUUAAGGAGUCCCAGACUGUCGUCCCAGGGCCCACAGCUCGGUUUCUUCUCUGUGCCGAGCACUAGCAGUCCGCGGAGCCCGAAGAGCCCAAUGAAGAGAACCUUCUGA